AUGUACGCGUCCCAGGCGAUCCCAGAUUUCAUGAAAAGGGUCAGCAUCAAAUGGACCUUCCAACCGCCUCGGACACCUCAUUUUGGAGGCGCCCACGAAUCGCUGGUCCGUUCCACCAAGAAGGCGUUGUACAACGCCUUGGAAGAAAAGAACAGUUUCCGUCACCCGACUGAAGAUUUGCUCAGAAAAUUAUUGUAUGAAGUAGCCGGACUGCUGAAUACCCGACCGUUGACUUAUGCCAGUUCCGAUCCGGCGGAUUUCCGCCCGUUAACGCCGAACGAUUUUCUAAAUCGGCCGCUAACUGCAUAUCCACCAGCUGGAUCAUUUGAUGACGCCUCCCCGCGAGAACACUAUCGCUAUCUUCAACGAGUUCUGAAUCUCUUCUGGGAUAUGUGGAAAACGGUGUAUCUGCAGUCGUUGGCAUCCCGAAAGAAGUGGAAGGUGAGGGAGAGUCCGAACCUGGAGGUGGGCGAUAUCGUCCUCGAAGUCAACAAGGGAUUUGGACGUGGUGAAUGGAGCAUCGGCCACGUCGCAAAGGUCUACACAGGUGCAGAUGGAUGUGUCCGAGCCGUUGACGUUCAACUCCCAACGGGAAUCUUCCGCCGCGGGAUUACAGAAUUAUGCCUGUUGGAAUCCAUCUCGUCCGUCAAAACGGACUCGGGGGAGGAUGGAUCGCCGAAAUCCGUUCAAUUUUCAGUUACUGUUUUAGUAGUUCUGAUAGAAAUGGCAGAAGCCCCAUUAGAACACUUUUUAUCUUCUAUUCAAAAAUUGACUUUUUCUUCUUUUGAAGAAAUUAUUGUACUUAAAGAUAAGUUACGAGAUGAAUAUUUCUAUCCUUUACGCAUGGAGUCCAGAACAGUCGAAGCACAUAACGAAAAGGUGCCGCUAUAA